UGCAAUCUAUUUAUCAAGACGUGUUCAUCGCAACUGUGAUAUAUAAUACAAGCAAAGAUGUUCGUUGAGAGCUGUUUAGUAAUGCUUGAAGAUAUAAUGUCGUUGAUACAGACCUUGUCAUCGGAUGUGAUUGAUACCAUCGUGAGUUUGAUUCAUAGUCAACUCUUAAAAUAUAUUCCAAGUCUACUGAAUCGUCUAUCAGCGUGGUUGGCAUCAUUUCUGAGAGUGUUGACUCUCGCACUAGAUGUUCUACGAAAUGCUGCAUACUUGAAAGAUUAUCUAAAAGGGCUCAUUGGUCGCUCCCACGCGGUUUCAUCAACGCAGUUUCAUCAAGUACAGGCUGAACAGACUGGUAAAGGUGACAGUGUAAAGGAACCGACGCCUCUUGAUCUUGGCAAUACGAAUGAGGAAUACUCAGAACGAUCGACUGAAGCCGUCAUCGAUGUUACGAUUAAUCCCUCGCUUAUAAGGAGUCGGUUUAUUGAUACGGAGGUAACCGAUUAUAUCAAAGCAAGAAGCGCCUGCAAAUCACCUAUGAUGAGAAUGGGUACUCGUCCUUUGAGACAAUCACCGACAGAUGUUGAUUUCUUUGACAUUGAUUCUAAGAUUUACAAUACCAUGCGGCGCCAACGUUUGACCUCUAUGCCAAAAAUAAAGCACGGAAUCUCUGCGUUGAAGCCUGUUGCAUAUGAGGCCCCGAUACACGACAUCCACGAUUUAAGCGUCAACGUUAAAGUAUGCUCGGUGUCUCAGACGCCAAAAGAAGUUGUUGACUUCAGUAAUACUGCUAGCAUAACAGAACCAACUCCCCACAGGAUGGUGGAGUUAAAGGACGAAGUAAAAAUAGUAAAUACAAAGCAGCAAUCGCCAAAGAAGAAGUCACUUGCGAAACGAAUAAGGAAGUUCUUGACGCCUAAAAAGUUGAUUUCAUUUGGAAGAAACUUGAAAAAUCCGUAUAUCACUAUGGCAAAUAAAUACUGUAAUAUCUUUUCAUGACAUGUUUUUGAUACCAAUUGUUGCUAUAUUUGAAUUAU